AUGCCGUCUAAAUCCAUGGGUUUAAUUGUGGUUUUGACGUCUGUUUUUGCUUUGCUAUCUGCUCAAACCAUUAAUGGCGUCACUGUUAAGCUCAUACACCCUAACUCCCCUUCAAACCCUAAUCGCAACCCUUCCAGCAACCGAUUUGAUUGGAUCCAACAGGCGUAUAACAACACUCGAUCACGCGCCGCCUUUAUCCAGAAUCGCCUCGGAGUCAACGAUUCUUUCAAAUUCAAGACCGAUAUGAUGCCCUACGGGGGCGGAUAUUUCAUGAAGUACUCUAUUGGUACGCCGCCGUUUGAAUCCUACGGCAUCGCCGAUACCGGCAGCGACUUCACGUGGACUCAGUGCCAACCGUGCACGGAUUGCUUCCCGCAAAUCCCGCCCAUAUUUGACCCGAAGAAUAGCAAUUCGUACAAGACGACGUCGUGCGAUUCGGAUAAAUGUUCUAUCUUCGGCACUCCCUGUUCCGACCAAAAAGUUUGCCAGUAUUACGUGAUCUACGGCGGCCUGUCCCAUACCGCCGGCGAUGUGGCUACCGAUACCCUAACAAUCGGCGACGGCUCCUUCACGAACGUGAUGUUCGGCUGCGGCCACAACAAUUCCGGCUUCCCGAACGUGACCUCCGGAAUUUUCGGGCUCGGAUACUCCAACGUGUCGAUCGUCAAGCAGUUGAGUAACGAAAUCUCCGGAAAAUUCGCUUAUUGCCUGUCUCCUCAGCCUGAUUCCAAAAGCUAUAUAAGUUUCGGAAAAGACGCCAUUGUUACCGGUCCUGAUGCAGUUUCAAUUCCCUUCUCUUUAAGCCUUGACAAAACUAUAUUUUACUGGCUCACCUUAGAAAGCAUGAGCGCCGGCGACAAAAACUUCCCGGUGAAGCAAUCUUCCCCUUCCGACAUCGGCAAUCAGGCCGCGGCCAGCGGCAACGUUAUCAUUGAUUCAGGGACGACGAUGACUAUCAUCCCGACCUAUAUGUUCAAUAGUCUGAAAUCGGAACUUAUGAAACAGAUCCCGGCGACUCCCCUAGAUGAUCCUCGAGGGCUAUGCUACUCGACAAGUGAUAAAAUUACAGUGCCGAAAAUUGUUGCACAUUUUUCUGGUGGGGAUAUAGAGUUGUCACCUCGGGGAUCAUUCCAGGAAGUAGAAGAAGGUAUCUCUUGUUUCACAAUAAUUCCGGAUCAACACUUGGGUAUAUUCAUCUUCGGCAACCUGUCCGAGGUAGAUCACCUUGUUGGAUAUGAUUUGGAAGCCCAGACAGUCACCUUCAAGCCUGCUGAUUGCUCCAAAUUUUAAUUAAGCUUCUAUCCAGGCUAGUUUUUGCUAUUUAGCAUUUCAUCAGUUUGCAUUUUAAUUCGUUGGUGUACGUUUUGGACUGUAGCUGUCAAUUCAAUAAGUUUUAUAACA